UGUUCCGGCUCCGGUUGGAUCCCCACAAGGUAUCGCCCUGUUGUCGUUUUUGGCCUUUUUUUUUCGCGCGCGCGAUCCGCCGCGGCUCACUUCAAUCGUUGAAGUCUUACACAAGGCUGACCUUUCGAAUAGAUGCCUCCUACAAGGAACAAGGACAAGGACAAGAAGAAGGUCGCUCAGGCUAGGACCCCUGAGCCUGCCCUGAAGAGGGUUGAGUGUAUGAGGUGCCUUGCAAGCGCGCUUCAUGGUGACUCUUCAGGGUGGUGCGAGCCGACAGUCAGUAGCCGGUCCCGAAAGUGCAAGCGAUGCGCUAUUGGCAAGGUGCCUUGUGUCACUAUACUAGAGGGAUCUGAGCUCUGCCGUUUAGCAGGGGAUUUUCUGGCUGCAAAGCUGUUUGGGCCUGAGGCCAUUGGAGCCUGAGGCAGAGGGCCCACAGCCUUCAAGGGGGUCAUUUUCCCCUCUCAUUAUUUCGCACAGAACUUAGCUUAGACACCAUAACUUAUUUGCGUUUCCUAUAGGGUUUUGCCCUAUUUACUUUACUCUAAUCGUUUUUCUAGUCUCCCCUUCUAGAAACAAAAGAAAGAUAAGGCUAUCGCCUACUUUUGCCUUGUUAAGUUAAUUAACUUAAGAUUCCUAUGGUUAUAGAUUAAAAACUAUGCUUCCUAACAAGAGCAAACAGCUAGAACCAAAGACUAUCAUCCUGGCUACUGACGACCAUCAGCUCUAAUCGUCCCCUAGCAAGGCUAACGUAGUAGACUAAUAGUUACUAUUUACACUAUUUUACUCUUAGCUUAGCAACACUAGCCUAGAUUUAUUGUCUCUAACUACAAGGCUACUAUUAGAAUCUAAAUACCCC